GAGUGUGACGUCAAUUCAUAUGAAAGCAUGUUUAUCAGCUCUGCUGUUUGUUUCUAAAGCGGCCACCUCGAUGAAGGCCUCAAAGCAAGAAAGAAAGAAAGAAAGAAGACCAAGCAGCUGUCAUUGGUGCCACGUACUUCAACUGAGAAGCAAGGAUUGCAGAAUGGUAUUGCCUCCCUUGGACGACGUCAACAACAAAGCUCUCCAGUCAGCAAAAGCGGAAGGGUCGCUGACUCUUGCCUCUUUUGCCCUCUCGGCAGCGGAUGUGGUCGUUAGACUACGUUGCAUGUUGCAUUGCAUUGCAUUAUUGUGUUCCGCAGCAUAACAAACAAAGCUAGAACGAGAAAACUCUCUGUCUAUUUUCAAGACAAGCAAUUGCAAACAACAACAACAACACCAUGACGACAUCUUCCAAUACUAGUAGCAGGAUAACUAACAUGAUGGCGAGCUGCCUGUUGCUCUUGCCGACCGCACAUGCGUUUGUUAUGCCAUCGCAAUCCGCUAUCAGAACAUCGAACAUGGUCUUGCAUCAGGCUCCGGAUCAAUUCGGUGGUUGGAUGCAAGAAGGCAGUCAAGGCGUGGCAUUGACGGGAGAACCCAUGCCGGGCAAUCCUCAGACGGGUACCUAUUCCCGCGACAGAGCGCCUCCGCACAUUGACACGUCCCCCAGUCAGCCACUCGCCCGCACGGGCAGUGCCGCGGAUUAUUACUAUCCCCCCAAACAGGGCGUCAGCAGCGAAGACUGGUGGACGGGUGCCGGAAGUCCCGGUCAACCCCUCUUUGGCGGUCCUUCCAGUGCCAAUGCGUACUAUCCCCGCACAUCUCAGAUGGAGGAACCGCAAGCGGAAACGAUUCAAGGUGCGGGAUCGCGCAAAACGUGGGAUACGUCGCAACACGAUCAGACCAAUUUUGUGUUGGGGUCUGUGGGAGGACGUCCCGUCUAUGCCAAUGUUCAAGUUUGGGAAGGACCCAACAAUACACCCGCAAGUAUGAGUCUCUACAGUGAAGACGGCAAUUUGCGUCCGUGGAGUGCGGGAUUUCAAAAUACCCUCCGCAGUGGAGGAUCGUCCGUCUUGAAUAUUCGCAAUACCGGGCCCAUGGAAUUCCCCGUCCAAGCCAGUGUGGAAGGAUCGUACGAUGGAACCCGGGGACAGUUGAUUGGCGAUCAAAUUCAACAAGCCGAGAAACAGCAGCAACAAGCGACUUUUAGUCCAUCCAAAAACUUGGCCAAGUCCAAGACGAUUCAAGGCGAAACACUCAAAACCUUCAGUGUCGGCCCCGAGUGUCAAGCCAUUCGUGUGGAAUUGUAUUCGGAAGGACGUCCCAUGUAUGCCAAAGUCGAAAUGUGGCAGGGACCGUCCAAUAUCCAACAGUGUGCCGAAAUUUACAGUGAUAACGGCAACGAUCGCGUCUGGUCGGCUGUCAUUCCCACACCCGGCUACGCCUGUACCGUUGCCAUUCGCAAUGUCGGGCCCAUGGCUUAUCCCAUUUCGGCAUCCGUCGAUGCCAUGAGUUAAACGCAAGAGCAGUGAGAGAGAAAGAAAGAGACAGUGAGAGGUAGUGUGACGAAGAAGAAACGAAAAGGAAGAAACGAAAGAGCGAGAGCAACGUUGGUAGCAUCCUAUGAAAGAAAACCAGCCAUGCUGCUCUUGCGUCACGUUUGUUUGUAAAAGGGGAAAGAUUAUAUUGAGAAAGAAAAAGAUGGCUGAGCUGUUGGCUAUAUAUUUUGUAAGUAUUGAUCCCUUUUGCCACAGCCAGUCACUCAUUCAUUCAUAGUGGAUGCAUGCAUACCGGUAUAUAUAUAUAUAUAUGAUAGCGUAACGAAACAAAAAGAAAGUUUAGCUACGUUUGACUUUUGUG